CCUUAAAUACGUCACGACCGGGCUGUCUGCUAAACAACACGUACGCACCGAACACGGUUAAUAACUCGAGAUUAACGACCGCUCGCUGAUCGAGAGCUCCGGUUCGUGGACAUGAGAGCGAGAUCCGCGUGAGCGCGGGGGAAGACGAUCGUUCCGCACGGGCGCGCACUCGCAGUAUCGACGUUCAGCGGAUUCGGCGAUGGACCGCGGCGGGUGUCAGAUGAACGGCGGCGGCGGCGGUGAUGUGAUCACACUGGAGGAUCUGGAGUCUGUGUCGGAGGAGCAGCUGUCGGACAGUCCCGAGGAGGAGCAGGAGGAGCAGGGGAGGCUCCUGAGGUACUGGAGGGAUGUGGCGCGCGGACACCAGGUGGAGGUGCCGACAGACAUGGCCGAGCCCAUCCAUCAGAUCACCACCAACAACGAGGGCACACACGUGCGGGAGCAGGUGCCCUACACGCUCAUCACACGCAAGGAGAAGUGCGGUGAGGUGCUGUUCGAGAAGCGUCACUAUGAGAAGGCGCACUGGGCCUGUAUCACGGUUCACGAGGACACGUAUGAACAGAGCAUCUGCUACGGCUUCAUGAAGAUCAUGAGAUACAUCUGCCAGCAGAACUCAGCAGGCAGUUAUCUGGGGAUGACGAUCCCCAUCGUGACGGUGGUGCGCACCGAUGAGAUGCACAGGACUCUGUCGCGGGCCGUGACUGUAGCGUAUUACCUGCCCCCCCCACACCAGAGCGAGCCGCCGCGGCCACACGACCCCGAGGUCACCAUCGAGCACUGGCCCGCCGCUGUGGUCUACACCCGGGCGUUCACGGGCGCCACUAACGAGCUGACCAUCAUCCACGAGAUCAGCAGUCUGGCCGAGGCUCUGGACUGUCCAGCCGUCUGUGUCAGCGACUCCUUCAUCGUGGCCGGAUACACCAACCCCGCGGCGGCCCACCGGCAGAACGAGAUCUGGUUCCUGGAGCGGCCCUGAGCCUCCUCUACCCACAAUCCUCUGCACCUCUCAGAGGCCACAGUGGAGCGGAGCUGCUGAACAUGCGUCACACUGAUUAUAAACUACACAAACACAAACUGGACGUGAAACACUGAUGCUGUAAGACAAUCACGUACCUCUCGUCUUCUGUCUGCCUCUCGCUCAUGAUAAUCAACCAAACCAUACAAUAGAUGCAGAGAUAUAUAUAUAUAUAUAUUAUAGAUUGUGCUAUUUUGUUAAGUAUUUUUGAAUCUUGUGUUAGAGCUGAUUCUGCUGUGAAUGUCCUCAGUAUAAACACUAGCCGCUGUGAAUGUGUGGGAGCUUGUGUUCAUGUCUCUGCUGUGAACUGAAUAAACUGUUGCUGACCCGAGCCUCAUCACUGCACUGUUCAGAACACAGCGACUCCAGCCAAUCAGAGCCCACGCGCCGACAACAUCAAAGACCAGGGUUUGAGCCGAAAAUAAAGCAGCCAGUUUCUGAUGAAAAACAGACCAUCAAAAAGGAUGGAAAAUAUCCAGACGCUUUCCAAAAGUUUCAGAAAAUCCUUAAAAGUUUCCAUUUUCCAAAAAGUCUGGAAAGUUUCAGUACAUUUUUUGCAACCCUGCCUACACAUGAAAAAAACACCAGUUUCUGAAUAAU